UUUUCUCUUCACCGGCGGAGCAGCGGUGGGCGAGAGGUUCGGCUGCUGGCGGCGCCGACCAGCGACGCAAGAGAAGGGGAGGGCGUCGGCGGCGGCGGGAGGUGGCCGGAGGAGGAGGUCGUCGGCGAGCGCGCUCCUGGUCCUGCUCUGGCUGUUGAUGCGGCCGGGAGGUAUCGCCGAUAUAGGGGCUCGUCGUUGGUCGUCGUCACGGGAGGUAUCGCCGUCCGCUGGGGAUGUCAAAAUGCAGAGAGUUCGUGUCUUAGAAGACGGCCAUGAGCUUGGCUUCUCCCAGCACAUGCCCCUCGAUGGCGUCCAUCAGCUUAUCCUUGAUCACCUGUAAGCAAUCAAGAAUCAAUCACAGUUAAUUAAUCCUUAAACAGCAAAGAUAAUCGCUAAAAGAUUGUUCGAUCGACUUGCCUUGUUGCCGAGGUGCACCUCGUCGUCGAGGACGUAGAGCUUGAACUGGAUGCGGUGGCCGCAGGAGGGAGGGAUGACGACGACGCCGGCCGCACCGCCGAGGCCGCGACUUGCGCCAGGGCCGGCGCCACGCUCGCGCCGAGCGGCCGCCAGCCGCGCCUAGCCGCAUCGGCGCCGCCGUCGCUCGGCCGAGCUCGGCUGCAUCGGCGCCACCGCCGCCGCGCCUGCGCAGUAGCAGCCAGAGCAGGAGCAGGAGCAGGAGCGCGCUCGCCGGCGACCUCCUCCUCCGGCCAGCUCCCGCCGCCGACGACACCCUCCCCUUCUCUUGCGUCGCUGGCCGGCCCCGCCGGCAGCCGAACCUCUCGUGACCCGUGGGCCGUGGCUCCGUGCUCGUUCGCCGUCCGCUUCGCCCGCAGCCCGCCCACCGAUGCUCUGUCCGCCGCCCGCUCCGCCCGUAGCUGGCCGCCGCUCCACUGCCGCGCUCGCCCACCGCCGCUCCGCCGGUGAAGAGAAAAGUGAAGAGGAGAAAAAAGAUAUGUGAAGGUGACAUGUGGUUUCCACGAAAUUUUUUUUUUUUUUCUGUCUAGGAUGUCACGUCAGCAAAACUGGGCAAAAAUACUGCCAAGGAGCUCGGGUGAACGGUUUGAAUGAAUUUAUGGGCGAAUAUUUCUGGUUUUGUGGUUGAGGGACCUCCAAAAAAUCUCGCUGUUAAGUUGAGGGUCCUACGAUGAACUUAUUCCGCGUCGUGAGCGACUCGGCAAGUGGGCCCGUGGCGACGCGCCACACACACGCACAUCUGCAGUUACUCACUCCUCUUCGCCGUCGCCAUUGCUGAGCUGCUGCUGUUGCUGUGGCUGGCUGAUAGGCGACGGCAAUGGCGCCCUCCUCCACUCCUCCUCCGCCCUCCCCGAGCCGCCACCUCCUUCCGGUUUUCUCUACACCCCCGCGUACCCUUCUCCAGUCGCCGCAACUCACACAGACACAGUACUGCAUCCAAGACGGACGGCCGUGCCGCGCAAAUUUUUCACCGGCGAGGCGGCGACGCUGGAUUCCUUCGCCGUCCAAGUCCAGCCAUCCGGACGCUAUCCAGACAGAAGGUGAUCCUACCACCAACCUGUGGUGAUUGGUCUCAAAUUUUCAUGCCCUAGUAAUCUCUGCACAGCUUUCAGUGCUGCUGCUGCCCUUCAAAAUGGGGGUGGCGCCUUCUAAGAUUGAGGAUGAUAGGGCCCUCGUGUUAUGCCAGGAGAGGAAGCGUUUCGUCAGAGAAGCAAUCGACGGAAGAUGCGCACUUGCAGCUGCUCACUGUGAUUAUAUUCGGUCACUGAGAGACACUGGCUUUCUGCUAAGGAAAUGUUUUGAACAUGAAGCAUCUGAAGAAUCGAUACCAAAUAAUAAAUCGCCGUCUUCUUUUCAGGCCAGUCAUAUGAAAGCUGCCAUGAAUUCCAUUAGAACUUAUCUGGAGAAGGUGGCAACUCCUGUGACAGUGACUAUGGUCAGUGCCUCAUCUCAAGAUCCUACUGGUACUUCACCAUUGGACCAUUUUGACCAAAUUCACCCAGGUGACAACCAGUUUUCACCUAAAGAAAAGGAUAGAUCUGGCCAAUGUUUGGACAAGGUGGAUGAUCCUAGACCCUUCCUAGAGGAGGGAAUCCCAGAGCUCGAAGAGGAAGGGGAGAGAACUCCUUCGAAUGAGGAGGAUGGUUUUGCAGAAUCAAAAGAUGAUUUUGCAAAUGAGGAAGAGAAUUUCUCUGAAUCAAAUGAUGCUUUCCUCAGUCCAUCCAUUGAAACGUUUGUGCCAGUGUCAAACAGCAACGACGUGUCUGAUAAAAAUAGUUCAACAGACAAGGCACCUGAGCAUCAUGGUCAUGGAAGUGUGGCAUCAAAAGAUAUUGCUUUACCAAAUACUGGUUGCCAAAAUGAUAACCCCCAAAAUGAGAGGAGAAUGACUGACAUUCACACAAAUGAAAAUUAUAGCAAUUCUGCUGUGUCCCCAGUUAAUGUCGUACCACCUUCAGGUGCUGCCUUUCCUAUGGUCUCAAAGGAACCGUAUCCUUAUUUAAGCAUAUCUGUGAAGGGCCUAUAUACAGGCAUGGUAGAGAUUGAGAGAUUAUUUUCCAGAGCUUGUGAUUCGGGAAAAGAAGUCACAAGGGUUCUCGAUGAAGAUAAAUUACAGUUUCGCGCCCUACUACCACAAGAAACAGCGCGUGGAUCAGCAUCAUCUAGUUUUCUGUCAACAUUGUUUGCCUGCUGCAGGGAGGAUGUCCCUCUUCCUGAAACUCCUUCUCAAGCUGAGGUAAAAUACCUUACCUGGCAUAGGUCAGUGUCUUCACAGUUGUCGCUGUCUAGAAAUCCUCCUGGGGCUAUUACUGUCAUGCAUACCUCAACACUAGAUAAACUGUAUGCAUGGGAGGAAAAGCUUUAUGAUGAAGUCAAGGUCAACAGUGCCAUAUGCAGGAGAUAUGAUGAGAAAUGCAAGCAACUGAGAGACCAGGAGUCGAGAGGGAAAAAUCAAAUUCUUGUUGAUUUUACCCGCGCUACUGUAAAGGAUUUGCAUUCCAGAAUUCUAGUGGCUAUUCAGAAAAUAGACUUCAUUUCUAAGAACAUAGAAGACAUAAGAGAUAAAGAGCUUCAACCACAGUUGGAUGAACUAAUCAGAAGUUUAACUAGGAUGUGGGAAACAAUGCUUGAGUGCCAUCAUCUUCAACUUGCAAUCAUGAAGCUAGUAUCCAGCAAACGGAGUGUAAAAUUAUCAUUUCAGUCAGAGUCUGAAUGCCAAGAUGCCCUUCUCCUCUCAGCUAAGCUAAUUAAAUUAUGUUCAGACUUCCAAAACUGGGUGGCAUCACACAAGGUUUACCUGUCUAGCCUUAACUUAUGGCUGCACAAGUGCAUGAAACCGCUGAAGAAGAGGAAGGGCUCCAGGAAGCAAAAUGUUGUUGAUGUUUCUCUAACAGAAUGUGCUGUUGCACCCAUAUUUACAACUUGCGAAAUCUGGAUUAAAUUAAUUGACGAUUUACUGACCAAUGAGUUGGUGAAAGCCAUUGAAAAUCUCGUUGCAGAUGUCGGCCGUUCCUUUCCGCACCAAGAGCAGGUGCUAAAUGGUGAAACAGGAGGAGAAAUCCUGAGAAAUAAUGCCCCUGCUGAUGUACAGUCAAGUCUGAUGGCAUUCUUAGAGAAGCUUGAAGCCUUUUCAGCAGUUUCACUGCAGAAGUAUAUUGAUCUGCAGAAAAACAUCGACGAGGCAAAGGAUAGGUUUUCGAGAGAAGAUUAAAGUACGAUUGCAAGUAGCUCAAGUGAGCUCUUAGUAAUAUGGCCCCCCUUGAGUUGGAUGAGUAAAAUGUUCCAUAUGUAAAUUCCUGGUUGUGAUGAUAUUGUGUAUCGAGUCGUUUUGUCAGUUGUAAAUGUUUUGUGUAGUCUCUGGUGGGAGUAUGGGGCUACAGUUAAGUUAGAAACAUGAGAGGACAAUACGCUGUAAGAUACUGAUAUGAACAUGAUGUAUGCACCAUUUUUCCAGAACAGUUCAGUGAUUUGUCAAUGUAGCGUUGAAA